GUAUUUUUUAGGGAAUUUACUGGGUUGAGAAUGACAAUCUGAAUUUUGCACAGUAGAUUUCGAUUUAAAGCGACUUUUCUCGUUUAUAUAGAAACUUGUAAAUUCUUAUUGUUCAAACGCCACCAAAAUAAGAAACUCGCAUCAUGUCUCGAGGAAGUUCAGCCGGCUUUGACAGACACAUCACGAUCUUCUCCCCCGAGGGACGCCUCUACCAAGUGGAGUACGCCUUUAAGGCCAUCGCCCAGGAGAACAUUACUACGGUGGCGCUAAAGAGCGGCGACUGUGCCGUGGUGGCCACCCAAAAAAAGGUGACCGAGAAGAACAUCGUGCCCGAAACGGUUACCCACCUGUUUCGCAUCACCAAGGACAUUGGAUGCGCCAUGACCGGACGCAUGGCUGAUUCCCGCUCUCAGGUGCAAAAGGCCAGGUACGAGGCCGCAAACUUUCGUUACAAGUACGGAUACGACAUGCCGGUGGAUGUGCUAUGCCGGCGCAUUGCCGACAUCAACCAGGUGUACACCCAGAACGCCGAGAUGCGUCCACUUGGCUGCAGCAUGGUGCUGAUCGCCUACGACAAUGAGAUCGGCGCCAGCGUUUACAAGACAGACCCGGCUGGCUACUUUAGUGGGUUCCGUGCCUGUUCCGUGGGCGCCAAGACCCUGGAGGCCAACAGCUAUUUGGAAAAGAAGUACAAAAACAACUUGUCCGAGGAGAAGGCAAUCCAGCUGGCCAUCACCUGCCUAUCCAGCGUGCUAGCUAUCGACUUCAAGCCCAACGGCAUCGAGAUUGGCGUGGUUAGCAAGACCGAUCCCACUUUCCGUAUACUCGACGAGCGGGAGAUCGAAGAGCACCUUACCAAGAUCGCCGAGAAGGACUAACUUCUGCUAGCUGUAAUUUUGUCAUAUUUUAUAAUGCCUCUUCGUGGAUCUAUGGUUAAAUACAAAAAUGUUCUUGGCUUGCAUUCAAAACUAAGGCGAAUAAAAAACGACGUUUA